CUCUCUGUUCCGCUGACGCGCUGGGCGGGGCGUGGAGCCGGCCCGGAAGCGGUGCACGUGGGGCGCGGCGCGGGGAUGGGCUCGCGCGCGGAGGGGGCGGCUUGCGCGGGGCCCGCGCGGGAGGACGAGAUGGCUGAGCUGUCCGACAGCGAGGAGGCCUGGGAGGAGGAGGAGGAGCAGGGAGCAGGCGAGGGGCUGCAUGCCCUCUGCCUUUUCUGCGACAGGUGGCUCAGCAGCCCUGAAGAUGUGUUCUCCCACUGUACCACAGAGCAUCAGUUUAAUGUUCGUGAUGUGGUCAGAAAGCACGGACUUGAUUUUUACGGAUACAUUAAACUAAUAAACUUUGUCAGGCUGAAGAAACCUAUGCCAGCAUAUUUGAAUUCACUCAGCAGCCCACUGCCUUGGGAUGGAGAGGAAUAUCUGAAACCGGAGCUAGAAGAUGAUCUCCUGCUUCAGUUUGAUACAGAAGAUCUCUGUGAACCCACAAACAUCUUGUGUUCUAAUGGCUUAAAUGAUACCACAGUGCUCCUUACACAAUUAAAACAUGCGGAGCACAGAGCAAGACUUGCAGAAGCAGCCUUGGCUCGAGCACAAGAUGAUCUUCAGAAAAUGAAACAAUUUGCGCAGGAUUUCGUGAUGAACGCAGAUGUCAGAAGCAGCUCGUCAUCCAGCGCCAUUGCAGACCUUCACGAGGAUGAGGAUAGCGUUUACUUCAGCUCCUACGGGCAUUAUGGGAUACAUGAAGAGAUGCUUAAGGAUAAAGUGCGUACAGAAAGCUAUCGUGACUUCAUGUACCAAAAUCCACAUAUCUUCAAGGACAAGGUUGUUUUGGAUGUUGGCUGUGGAACUGGAAUACUCUCCAUGUUUGCUGCCAAAGCAGGUGCAAAGAAAGUGAUUGGAGUAGACCAAUCUGAAAUCAUUUAUCAAGCCAUGGACAUCAUUAGAUUAAAUAAACUGGAAAAUACCAUUGCAUUAGUUAAAGGAAGAACUGAAGAGGUAGAUCUGCCUGUGGAGAAAGUGGAUGUAAUUAUAUCUGAAUGGAUGGGUUAUUUCCUUCUCUUUGAAUCUAUGCUGGAUUCUGUCAUCUAUGCAAAGGACAAGUACCUGGCAGAGGGAGGCUCAGUUUAUCCUGACGUUUGCACCAUUAAUCUAGUAGCUGUAGGAGAUAUGAAUAAACAUAAAGAAAAGCUACUUUUCUGGGAGGAUGUAUAUGGCUUUGACAUGUCUUGCAUGAAGAAAGCUGUAAUUCCAGAAGCUGUUGUGGAGGUGUUGGAUCCAAGCACACUUAUAUCUGAAACCAGCAUCAUUAAGCGUAUCGACUGUAAUACUACAUCUACUCCUGAUUUAGAAUUCUCAUCGGAAUUCACCCUAACAAUUACAACGAGCACAAAGUGUACAGCAAUUGCUGGUUAUUUCGAUAUAUUUUUUGAGAAGGACUGUCACAACAAGGUCUUGUUUUCAACUGGUCCCCUGUGUACCAAAACACACUGGAAACAAACGGUAUUUCUCCUGGAGAAACCAAUUCCUGUUGAAGCAGGAGAGGCCUUGAGAGGAAAGAUAACAGUUCGCAAAAACAGAAAAGAUCCACGGUCCCUCUUUAUAACCCUUUUGGUGAAGGAUGUAAAGCAGACCUACAGUCUUCAGUGAAAGUUCUAUGUGUAUAGCAAUGAAAAAUGUCUAAUUUAACUGUUAGGUUUAACUGUUGGUAGCUGUUUCUGAAAGCCAAAAAUGGUGAACUUCUGGAACUUUGUGCACACAACAGCAUGAAAAGUGUACCUAGAACUGAGAGGGAGAGAGAGAGAGAGAGAAUAUUGUUUGGAUGCUCUUGCAGUUGCGUAUGGUGACUAAUGACAAAAUGAGGUUGUGGUGUGUUUCACAUAAUGUUGGAGGAAGAAGUUGGGUUUGGGUUAGAUGAGACUGCUGAGUGAGGAAAAUCAGUUUAAAGUCUUAUUGUGAGGAAAAGUAUGUUGUCUGAAUGUUACAGUGUUCGCCAGCUGGCAAUACUUUCCAUUAGAGAAUAAGAAAAACCUUUGUGCUUUUAAAUAGGGAAAAAGAAGUUAAAUGAUGUGCCGCUGCAGCUCAGCAGUAGCUGGAAAAUCCCAAUGGGAAUUAAUUUGGAAUUCCAACUGCAGGCUUGUAGCAACAAAGAUUUUAUUUUUAUUACAACUCUGUAAUUAAAAAGUUGUAUCACAUUUCAGUUACAUUAAUCUAAAUAAAUGAUCCGAGUGUGUUUUAUAA